AUGGCCACAAAUAGCAUCAAGUUGCUCACAGGCAACAGCCAUCCGCAGCUGGCGAAGCUGGUUGCUGAUCGACUGGGCAUUGAGCUUGCAAAGACGUUGAGUCUGAACUACUCGAACCAGGAGACCAGUGUUACAGUCGGUGAGAGCGUGAGAGAUGAAGAUGUCUUCAUCCUCCAAUCUACGGCCCCAGGCGACAUCAACGACGGCCUCAUGGAACUCCUCAUUAUGAUCAACGCUUGCAAGACGGCUUCCGCACGGCGCAUCACCGCUGUCAUCCCCAACUUCCCUUACGCCCGGCAGGACAAGAAGGACAAGUCGCGGGCUCCCAUCUCUGCGAAGCUCAUCGCCAAUAUGCUGCAGACGGCGGGCUGCAACCAUGUCAUCACGAUGGAUCUGCAUGCCAGCCAGAUCCAGGGCUUCUUCAAUGUGCCGGUGGACAAUCUGUACGCGGAGCCCAGUACGCUGCGGUGGAUUCGAGAGAAUUUGAAUGUCAUGGAGUGCGUGGUUGUCAGUCCGGAUGCGGGGGGUGCUAAGCGAGCAACCUCGAUCGCCGACCGCCUCGACCUCGGCUUCGCCCUCAUCCACAAGGAGCGCGCGCGGCCUAACGAAGUCUCGCGCAUGGUGCUGGUCGGCGACGUCGAGAACAAGACGUGCAUCCUCGUCGACGACAUGGCCGACACGUGCGGCACACUUGCGAAGGCGGCCGAGACGCUGAUGCAGCACAAGGCCAAGGAGGUCGUGGCCAUUGUCACGCAUGGCAUCCUGUCCGGCAACGCGGUCGAGAUUAUCAACAAGAGCCAGCUGAGCCGGGUGGUCGUGACGAACACGGUGCCGCUGGGCGAGAAGCUCGAGCGCUGCGAUCGCUUGAGGGUCAUGGAUAUCAGUCCUACGCUAGCGGAGGCGAUCCGGCGGACGCACAACGGGGAGAGUGUCAGUUUUCUCUUCACGCACGCGCCGACGGAUUAG